CAAUACUUUACUGUCGUUUCAGUCGUAUCCAAGUUUUUUACUUUCCAUAUUUUCUCAGUACUAAAAGUCUUAAAAUAUCUAUUAUAAUAUGGCCACAGAUCCGAGCCCUGUUCCAGUUUCUGCAUCCGAUAUGGAAAUAGGCGAAAAUAAAUUCAACUUCAUAUGCGAGGGAAUAACUAAGCUGAUCCUGUGGCGCAACUGGAAAAAGUCGAUGCUUGUGUUCGUAAUCCUGCAGGCCUUAACUUAUGAUCUUUUUUCUGAGUCUGCUCUAUUUGUGGUGAGCGUAUGGGCUUUGACUAUCAUGGUCAUAUCGAUGGGGUACCGUUUUUUCGUUCGGUGCCUUCGUCUGAUUAAAAGAACCGACAUGCAGAAACAUAGCUAUCUGAAUUAUCUUGACACAGACUUAAUGUUCUCCGUGGAGCUAUCUAACGAACAAUGUGUCCUGUUUUUAACCAAAACUGUUGGGUUCAUAAAUAAUCUACGGGAUGUAUUAAUACUAAAGAGCUUUUGGGAAUCAUUCAAGUUGUUCGGUGUACUCCUCUUAAUUGUCAUGCUUGGAAAGAGGAUUAACUAUUUUAUUGUUUGCCAAUUGGGGCUGUUUCUGCUAUUUACAAUUCCCAAAUUGUGUGAGAUGAAACAACGUUUUUCCAAAUUUCGAAGACUUUCUAAAUGUAAUAAGCAACAUCAAAUUAGCAAAGUAAACACUUCCGAAACCAAGGAUGCAUUAGACACGAAAUCCUUAAAUGAGUGCGACGAGGAAACUAAAAGCCGAAUCGAAAAGCAGCCGGAGGAAAUGGAGCUCCCACUCGAUUCUGAAACCUCCAAGGAAUCCCAGGAUGCGGUUGAUGAUCUUAAAACCUUUCAAGUAAGGGAAGAAAUAUGCAGUGAUGAUUUCGAGCGACUUGCCGUUUCCUGGUCGGACGAAGAGACAUUGACUGAUCAAACAAAUUAAUAAAAGACGAACUCCUUCAUACAACUUAUUUUUAUAUAUUAAUUUUCAAGCGUUUGGAUAAAUUAAAUUUUUAGGAGCUGGGGCACUGAGCCGAGCUAGAGCAAAAUAAA